GUCAGCAUCAGGAAGUGUUGGCGUGGUUAGUAAGGCUGUGUCUCUGAGUGAAUUUCAGACGCUGUUUGUAAGCGAAGAAGACAAAGAAAUGUCUGGAAAACAGUCACUCUGCUGCCAUGUCCACACGGCCACGCGGGUCUCUGCCAUCUUCUACCUGGUGUAUAAUCUGCUGGUGGCCAUGGAUCUGACUGUUGGUAUAAUCCGGAAGACUGACCCACUCACCGUCUCCUACACUGACAUGAAAUUCGCUAAUGGCUAUCGUGCCUUUGAUAUUAGCACCAACUUUAUGAUGUUGGUUUUGAUGUCCUUCUCCAGUGUGCUGGUCCUGUUAUCUCACCGGAAGGGCCCAGUGUGUAUUGUGCCGUUUGUGUUGUUCAUGUUUCUGGACGUGGCUCUGAGCCUCCUCUCACUGUUUGCUGCUCCAUGGGGUCUGCCUGGAACCCCCACAUACCGGGAUGCCCUUCGACUGGCUUUGAACCUUAAAGGAGGUGCCAAGCUGGAGGUGCAGGAGUUAAGCCAAGUCACCAUGAUGUUUGGAGUUCUCUUUGUGUUGUACAUACUGCUGAAGGUGUACAUGCUUCAGGUGUCAAUGCGUUCUUUCUAUGCACUGAGAGAAAACUGGACGCCAUCGCAGCCCCCUGUUGAGAACAGCGUCAGGGUUAAACUGCCCUCCUAUGAUGAGGCUCUGAAGAUGAAAGCUGAUUCCCUGCCCCCUGCCUAUCAAGAGCCUUAAAGCACAAAAGGAGCACACACUGGCGGCUACCUUGCGUGUCCACACUUAUUUGCUUAGCACUAUACACAGCACACGGUUCUAAUCAUAUUCAUAUAUCUAUACACAGGUGUAAGGGGGGGGAGGGGGGGGUCACAUAAAACCUAUUGUGCAUGUGCUCAAUAUUUUUAUAUGAUUUAAACCACUGUUGUUGCUGUUUACAACAUUGUUCUGUCAGAUAAAUGCACAUGACGAGCAUUUAGCAAUACAUAAAAUUAAAUAGAAAAUUAUGUACAAUGUAAUGUCACACAUAAGUAGUGUGAUUUAAGGAUUUGAAUUCCAUAUUAAGUUCACUUUAAGCUAAAUUAAAAAAUAGAUAUUUUCAACUUUUAUUGAAAUUUUUUUCCCCACAUGAAAUUAUGUAGAAGCAGUGUCGUUUCUCAAAAGCUAUUUAUGUAAGCUUUAAAACAUAUCUUAACCUGUUGAAUGUAAAGCCUUUGCUAUCAUGAUACUACAUACCAAAUGUAAGGGAAAUUUCCAUGCAGCAGUGGAUGGAAUGAGUGGGGUUAAAGAAAACAGAAAUCAGGCUUUGAAAAAUUGAAACUAUGAGUUAUGUAAUAUGUAAGCAAACACAUUUGCAUAGGCAAACAGAACCUCCGGGAAAUUCUUCAAAUUUAGUUUGAUGGCUUGGGCAUUUUUAGGUGUUUAUUUUGUGCAUACUGGCAGAUAAAGCAAAAAUAAAUGUGUGAAAAAUUA